AUGGAGGCAGAAAUUACUGCUGUCCUUCCGUCCAUCGACCCAAUUAUCACUGACUACUCUGUUGGAUUUCUCACCCAUGCCUCUACGUCCACUUCUCCCGAGGCGGAUAUCGAAUUCGCUGAAGCCAUCAGCGCUGUCACCUCCAUACUCCUUGACGCUGCGCCGCCAUCGGUUUCCGAGGCUUCUGUCACAGGCUUAAUAGAUAAGCUUGUUGCUCAGCUCAAUGCUGCCCACGGCGAGAACCGAAGAGCUUUUUCUGGCCGAGCAAAAAAGCUUGAUCAAACAAUCCACAUGGCCUCCCAGAAGAACAUCUCCUCUACAAUGGGUUUAGUAGGCGGUGGUGUCGACAUCGAUGCAGUGGGAACAAGGAAAGUUGAGAGUAAGGUCGACAAGAAGAAGCUCGAGAAAGCAGAGCGAAAGAUCAAGGCGAAGCAGGAUAAGAAAGUGAUGAAGAAUGUGACUUAUGAGGCAUCGAAGUUAAUUGCUACAGAUGAACAACAGUCUUACGAUGACUUCUACAUGGCUGUCAAUCCGCUCCAGCUCGGGCAGAGCUCGCAGGGCAAGAGCAAGGAUAUCAAGAUUGAUAAUGUGGACGUGCAAAUCGGUGGGAAGAGGAUUUUGUCAGAUACUACACUUACUUUGGCUUAUGGGAGGCGAUAUGGCCUUGUUGGGCAGAACGGUAUUGGUAAAUCUACGUUGCUUAGAGCGCUGUCGAGACGUGAAGUGGCUGUCCCUACACAUAUAACCAUUUUACACGUAGAGCAAGAGAUCAUGGGUGAUGACACUCCGGCACUACAAGCCGUGCUCGACGCCGAUGUGUGGCGGAAACACCUUCUCGCAGAACAAGACCGUAUCUCAAAGGAACUCAAAAUACUCGAGAGCAAGCCCGACCCGAUCACCAUCACCGCAAGUCAGGGAUUCCCGAACCAAGAGCGUGACGAACUGGACUCGCUACUGUCAGAAGUCCAUGCCAAGCUCGCCGAGAUUGAAUCCGAUAAGGCGGAGCCAAGGGCUGCGUCCAUUUUGGCAGGGUUAGGGUUUUCGGCGGAACGACAGCAGGAUCCUACCAGAACCUUCUCCGGAGGUUGGAGGAUGAGGUUGGCGUUGGCUCGUGCCCUCUUCUGUAAGCCGGAUCUUCUGCUUCUGGAUGAACCGUCGAACAUGUUGGAUGUUCCGUCAAUCACUUUCUUGUCCGAAUAUCUGCAGGAUUAUCCCUCCACGAUCCUGGUCGUGUCUCACGACAGGGCUUUCCUGAACGAGGUUGCGACUGAUAUCAUCCAUCAACACUCUGAGCGUCUCGAUUACUACAAGGGCGGUAACUUUGACUCAUUCUAUGCUACCAAGGAAGAGCGACGGAAGACGGCGAAGAGGGAGUACGAGAACCAGAUGGCGUAUCGGAAGCAUCUGCAGACCUUUAUCGACAAGUUCCGGUAUAAUGCUGCCAAGAGUAGCGAAGCCCAGAGUAGGAUUAAGAAGUUGGAAAAACUGCCGGUUUUGGAGGCCCCCGAGGACGAAUAUAGUGUUGUGUUCAAGUUCCCGGACGUGGAGAAGUUGAGCCCCCCUAUCAUUCAGAUGCAGAAUGUAUCGUUUUCGUAUACACCUGGGAAGCCAAUUGUCGAGAAGGUGGACCUGGAUGUCCAGUUAGAUUCGCGGAUUGGUAUUGUGGGGCCUAACGGUGCCGGUAAAACUACUGUUUUGAAACUGCUCAUUGGGCAACUUUCCCCAUCAAGCGGGCUUAUCACCCAAAACCCCCGGCUCCGAAUCGGCUUCUUCGCCCAGCACCACGUCGAUGCCCUCGACCUGAACUCCAGCGCAGUAGCCUUCUGCGCAAAAAUGUUCCCAGGCAGAACCGACGAAGAAUACCGCCGCCACCUCGGCGCCUUCGGCAUAACCGGGACGACAGGCCUCCAAAAGAUGGCCCUCCUCUCCGGAGGUCAAAAGUCCCGUGUGGCAUUCGCCUGCCUCUCUCUGACGAACCCACACAUCCUCGUCCUCGAUGAGCCUUCCAACCACUUGGACGUGGAAGCCAUGGACGCGCUCUCUAACGCGCUGAGGAAUUUCCAUGGAGGCGUUCUCAUGGUCUCGCACGAUGUCACUAUGCUCGCUAACGUGUGCACGCACUUGUGGGUGUGCGAUAAUGGGAGUGUGGAGAGCUUUCCGGGGGAUAUCAAGGCUUAUAAGAAGAGGAUUAUUGAACAGGCUAAUGCUGCGGGGGUGGUUAAGCAUCAUUAGGUUGUUGGGGUCUUUGAUUGUAGGUAGUCUAGAUAGCGGAGGGGCUUACCACGAUCUUGUACCUAAUAUCACAUAAUGAUACAUGGAGAGCCUUACAAA